GGGACAACUUUGAAGCAGAUCAAGUAGCAAGGGAUGAAAGUCAAAAGGUUAUUCCUAAUGAAGAGGUCAACUUCGAAGUAACUCAAGACGAAAGGGACGAGUUGGAAGCUGGACCAAGCAAUAUUUCAUUUGAAGAGUUAGUUGCUGCCAGAAACGGUUCGACAGAGUGUCUCGAGCAAUUUGAACAAGAAAAAAAAGCGAGUAGCAACAGGUGCCGAGAACUGGCAUCAGCUUAUCAACCGGAGUUUGCAGAUCCCAUUGUCAAUCUAUCCAUCCCCUUGGGACGCGAGGCCACUUUCCGAUGUCUUGUGCAUCACUUGGGAGGAUAUAGGGUAGGCUGGGUAAAAGCAGAUACAAAAGCAAUCCAAGCUAUCCACGAUCAUGUCAUCACCCACAAUCCCCGUGUGUCAGUAUCACACAAUGAUCAUACGACCUGGAAUCUUCAUAUAAAGAAUGUCCAGGAAGAAGACAGAGGCCAAUAUAUGUGCCAGAUCAAUACGGAUCCAAUGAAAAGUCAGAUCGGUUUUCUGGAUGUAUCCGUUCCCCCGGAUUUCGUUCCAGAAGAGACGUCCGGUGACAUUAUGGUUCCCGAAGGAGGCACCGUAAAGUUGACUUGCCGAGCGAGGGGCCAUCCUGAGCCGCACGUUCAGUGGAGAAGGGAGGACGGCAACGACAUCAUCAUCAAGGAACCGGCGGGGCAGAGGACGGGAGUGUCCUCAUAUCAAGGCGAAGUGUUGAAAUUGUGGAAGAUAUCUCGAACUGAAAUGGGAGCUUAUAUGUGCAUCGCAUCAAACGGCGUACCCCCGACCGUAAGCAAGAGGAUUAUGGUCAACGUUCACUUUCAUCCCGUGAUCCACGUGCCGAAUCAACUAGUGGGAGCUCCUCUCGGCACCGACGUUACUCUAGAAUGUAAUGUGGAAGCUUAUCCGAAAUCCAUUAACUACUGGGUUAGAGACACCGGUGAAAUGGUCAUUUCCAGCUCGAAAUACGACGUACAAGUGUCGAGCAAAUCCGCCUUCCACGUGAAAAUGACGGUCAUUGUUCGACAUUUACAAAGAGAAGACGCUGGAUCGUAUCGUUGCAUAGCUAAAAACUCUUUGGGAGAGGUCGAGAGUAAUAUCCGUCUUUACGAAAUACCGGGCCCCACUCGUGUCUACAGCUUAUCUCUUGACGAAGAAGACUAUAACGAACAAUUGGGAUCGGCUGAAAGAGAACAAGAUGAAGAAAUAUCCAACAGCGUAGUAGAGAGGACGAAGGCAGCUUCGCAACAUUCCACGGUGGAGACUCCUUCCAGAGCCAACUACGCUGAAAAUCAAAAUACACUGGUGGAAGAAGAAUCAAAUUCUUCUUAUCCGCACACGACAAGACUGUCUGUCGUAUUGACGGCUAUCGUAUUUUUAUUAAUGUUCAUAACUCCGAUAUGACGAUUGAACAAUGGAGUGAUGGCAGUUCUUUAGUGACAAUAAAUAGCGCUGUUCCUCUUACAGAGUGUAAUAGCUUAACAUGUUUCACAACUGAAAAAAAUGUACAAAUAUCCUCAAUAAAAUAUAAUUUACUUUUUCUGUUGGUGUUCAGGUUCAUUGUCACACAGAAGAAGGCAAAACUGAGAAAUGUGUUAUAAUUAUGAAACAUAGUUUCUUAAAGAAAUAUGACAUGAAUCUUGCAUCUGUAGCUCAGUGUAUUACUGGUUGAAAUUGAUCAGUCUCUAUAUAAUUUUUUUAAUAACACGUUCAUACUUUCCGUCGUGAAUCAUGUUAACUUCAAUUAAUUCAUUUACUUUCACUGUGUGGACAACAACCAAUGUGACCUUGAAAAA